GUUUUUCAAGUUUCUGAUUUUGAGAUCGGAGUUCCACCUCUGUUUCCCUGUAUUCCUAUCGUUUCCACUUCCUCCAAAAUCCUGAUUUCAGAAUUGAUCUUCCCAUACCUCAAGGAUGACAACUGCAGCUUGUUUUAUCAUCGCGAGCCGAAAUGACAUCCCAAUAUAUGAAGCUGAAGUGGGUUCUGCUGCUAAAAGAGAAGAUGCUGCUCAGCUGCCACAAUUCAUAUUACAAGCAGCUCUGGAUAUUGUUCAAGAUCUUGCAUGGACCACUAGUGCCAUGAUCUUGAAAACAAUUGACAAAUUCAAUGAUUUGGUGGUAUCGGUUUAUGUUACAGAUGAUCAUAUCCUUAACAUGUACUGAACUGACUCGAAUAUUCAUGACUCGAUAACUUUCAUUGUCAUUUGAGUAUCGCCUGUUUCUAGUUCUAAACCAAUCCAUUUCCUUCACUUCAUUAUACAUACACGAUUUAUGCUACUUCACGACUCUCGUAGCGAUGAUGGAAUCAAAAGCUUUUUCCAAGAGGUUCAUGAGCUUUAUAUAAAGAGUCUUCUUAAUCCACUCUACUUGCCUGGUUCCCGCAUUACAUCAUCACAUUUCGAUACAAAAGUUGGUGCUCUUGCAAGAAAAUAUCUCUAGGCAAGCAAAUUUUUCUGUUCAAGAACUCGAUAUCGAGCUUAAUAUAAAUUCUUGACGUGUUCAUAAUUCGGGUUAUAUUCUCAUCUUUUUUAUUCAAGUUAUACCCUUUUUAGUUAUUUUUCUCAUGUUUGUGUCCAGUCCUAUUAUUUUCUUUAGUAUAGUGUGAAAUCGUUUCAUGUUGUAACGGGAUGACGGAACGGAA